AUGGCCCUUAACCUCGUUAACAUCCUCCUAAUUUUCACACUAACUGUUUCAAUUGGCUAUGCUAGUUAUAUACACCCCUCUGCUUUUGAUUUCAUAAAAAAACUAGAAGGUUGUGGCAAGGGAAACACCACCCAAGGGAUCUAUGAGCUCAAAACCUAUCUCAAAAGAUUUGGCUAUAUUCAACAUCUCUCCGAAACCGAAGCCAACAACGAUAUCUUCGACGACAUCCUAGAGUCAGCAGUCAAAACCUAUCAAGCCAACUACAAACUCAACCCCACGGGAAUAAUAGACGCGCCCACAGUAUCAAAAAUGACUGCGCCACGAUGUGGGGUCGCGGAUAUCGUGAACCACAUGCAACAUGGUUCGAGUAAUUCGAGCAUGAUCCACACAGCAUCCAACUACUCCCUCUUUACUGGGAAGAAGUGGGAGCCAUCUAACCGGCACUUGACCUACAAGUUCUUGGGAGACUUUCCCGAAACAGCUAAACUCCCAGCUGCACUUGCCUUCAAAAGAUGGGCCUCGGUCACACAAUUCACUUUCUCGGAAGUUGGGGGCGCAGAACUCUCUGACCUAACCUUAGAGUUUGUCCGAGGCGACCAUGGCGAUGGUGCCCCGUUCGACGGGGAAGGUGGAUUACUAGCCCAUGCAUACUACCCUACGGAUGGAAGGCUACAUUACGAUCUGGAUGACAAGUGGUUCUAUCUUUUCAUAAAUAAUAAGGCUUUUGACCUUUGGUCUAUUUCUCUUCACGAAAUAGGGCACCUUCUUGGCUUGCAACAUUCCACAGUUGAGGCAGCAAUUAUGUAUCCAACAUUUAGUCGUGGAGAGACUAAAGAUUUGGAUCAAGAUGAUAUUCAGGGAAUUAAGGCUUUAUAUAGUCUCUAG